AUGCACAACUGCUCCCCCAUGGCUUCCAUUGCGCUCGGUCGUUCGCUGAUGGCCACAGCAUUGCUGGCAAACGGCCGUGAUGAGGGCGAAAACCUUCAGAUGCGCAUACAAGGGACUGGUCCGAUUGGAACGAUCAUCACAGAAGCAUCUUCAGCCCUGACAUGUCGCGGCAUGGUUGGUUACCCAAGUGCAGAUGCCGCCUCCGUGCCGGAACUCGUGGGCAUGAACGAGGCUGCCACUCUUCGACUGACCCGGACGCACCCCUUUUGGAAGCGACCCUACACCGGCACGAUCGCAUUGAGGUGUGGAGAGAUUGCUGAGGAUGUCGUGCAGUAUCUGGCCAUGAGCGAGCAGACUCCUGCAUCCAUGGGCCUCAGCGUGGAAUGGGAUGCAGAGGCCGGCUGUGUCAAAGCUGCAGAAGGCUGGCUGGUAACGCUGCUGCCAGGUUGGGAAGAGACAGAAGUUGCCGUCGUUGAGACCAAUAUCAAGACCUUCCCCAACAUGGACACCAGCGGCUCAUCUCGUCCCGACGCCAUUUGCCAACACAUGAUGCGAGAGCUUCGUGGUGAGUUCCAAGCAGAACAAACACCCACCUUCCGCUGCCCUUGUUCCAAGUCACGGUUGGCGACGGCUGUGAUGAUGCUCGGGAAGGAGGAGGUGCUUAACAUCAUUGAGGAGAAGGAGAACGUCGAGGCCAAGUGUGACUGGUGCGGAACACCACACGUUCUUACACCAGAAGAAGAGAUCUCCGUUGGAGGGCAGGGGCAUGUGAUCAUCCUGGGAGCUGGUCUGGUCGGCUCACUGUGUGCAGUAGUCCUCUUGCAGAAAGGCUUCAAGGUUCAUCUUUUUGAGCGUUAUCAAGACAUCCGAUCUAUACCCAGUGCCGGGAGGUCCAUCAACUUGAGUGUUACUAGCCGUGGACUCCGAGCAAUUAAAGCUCUAGGUGGAACACUUUACAGCGACAUCAUUGCAAAUUUGACUACCAAAGUCAUGGGCCGGAUCAUUCACAUGCCCGACGGGAAGGCUAUUUUCCAAAGGUAUGGCAAAGAUAAUACCGAGCACAAUUACUCUGUCUCGCGUUUGGAUCUCAACAAGUUCCUCCUGAACGCAGCUGCUGAUGCCGGCGCAGAGCUGCACUUCGACCACGGCCUGCUUGAAAGCUCUGACUUCUUGACAGGCGGCAGCAUCGGAAGCUGCCUGCAUUUCAAGCGGGGCACGGGCUUCUUGAAGGUCCACGCAGACUGCCCGGUGAUUGCAUGCGAUGGUGCCGGUUCUCGAGUUCGGUAUGCGCUCCGUCGCUGUGGCUUGACAGAGUUUACGGAGGACCUGCUCACCCGAGGGUACAAGGAGGUGCUCUUUCCGAAGCCUGAAGAGGGAAGGGAAUUUGGGGCCACAGGUGAGCAUGGCGAAGCGUGCGAUGGCAGGUUGGGCUUGCACAUCUGGCCGCGAGGCGACCACAUGCUCAUGGCUUUAGCAAAUCGAGAUGGGUCUUUCACCGGGACCAUCUACAUGGACAAUCAGGGUGAGGAAGAAGCAUUUGCAGCUUUUACAGACACGCCUGAAGGCCGAGCAAAGUGCUCUCAAUUCUGCGAGAAGUACUACUCAGAUGCAAUCCCGCACGUCGGCGGCCUGGAAAGCCUUGUGAACCAGAUUGUCAAGAAUCCGACCGGCAUCCUCGGAACGGUUCGAGCAACAAAGUGGACAUCCCAGGGCAAGGUCCUGCUUAUCGGUGACUCCUGCCAUGCGAUGGUUCCCUUUUUUGGCCAGGGCUGUAACUGCGGCUUCGAGGACACAUUGUGGCUCAGUAAGCUCAUCGACAGUUACUGUUGCGAUGCGGGCAAGGUCUCCGCAGAGAAGUGUACUGGAGAGAAUUUUGCGGCCUGCUUUGCAGCCGUGGAGGCAGAAAGAAAGCCAAGUGCAGAUGCCAUCUGUGAGAUGGCCCUUGAGAAUUUUCUGGAGAUGCGGGACAAGACAGGCGAUGUGAAGUUCCAAGUCUUGAAGAAGGUUGAGAACCGUCUGGAAAAUGUUUUUCCAGACAAGUUCAGGAGCCGGUAUGCCAUGGUUUGCUAUGGAGGAGAGGGGAACGUUUCCUACGCGAACGCCAAGGACCUGGGCAUUGUCCAAGCCAGCAUCCUCGAGAAGCUGUGGGACAGCUCCGGCGGCAUAGCUCCGGAGCAGGUCAACUCAAUCGAGCUUGAUGAGGCCGAAAAGCUGAUUGACCAGCUUCUGGUGCCCAGGCAGAAGGAGCUGGGAAUUGACCUCUCAACCAUCAAGCACUGA